UAGCCGUAACGUUCCCAUUCCAGUCUCUCGCCUCUCAGUCUCGACACGCUCCUCCCCUCUCCUCUCUCGCUCUCGGCAGUCGGCGCCUCUUCCAUUCCCGUCGCAUCUUCACUCCGAUUGCCAUCAUUCUCGUCGCACACACUCUCCUUCGCCGCCGUCUCGUGCUCUUGCUCGGCUUUGUUUGCUCGUCUCGUGCUCGUUGCCGUGUUCGACUGGUCGCUCGUCUCUGUCUCUUGCUCGUUGCUGUGUUGCCGUGUUCGACUGGUCGUUCAUCUCUGUCUCUUGCUCGUCUGUGUUGCCGUGCUUGUCUCUGUCUCUUGUUCAGUUUUAAGUUCGCGGCUGGCCAGCCUGGUGUCACAUUCAUGUUCUACCUCAGUAGAAUUGAGCACACAUUGCGCUUACCGCCGCAUCUUCUUAGCCUUCCAAUUCAGGAGUCUAUACAUAAGGAGCUUGAGAAACUUUUCUUGGAUAAGGUUAUUGCAAAUUUGGGGCUGUGCAUUUCUGUAUAUGACAUUAGAUCUAUUGAGGGCGGGUUUAUCUUCCCUGGUGAUGGUGCUGCGACCUAUACGGUUCUGUUUACUUUAAUCAUGUUCCGUCCAUUUGUGGGAGAAAUCAUUACUGCAAAAUUGCUAACUUCUGAUGCUGAUGGUUUACGCUUAUCACUUGGAUUCUUCGAUGACAUUUAUGUACCAGUGCAUCAUAUGCCCAAUCCAUCCCAUUUUGAGGGUGAAGCAAAAAAUAGCAAUAAAGGCACGUGGUUUUGGGAUUUUAAUGAACAAUCAUAUCCUAUUGAUGAUACUGACGAGGUCAAAUUCCAAGUUCAAAAUGUGAGUUACCCUUCAAUUCCAGUAGAGCAGCCAAAAGAAUCAAAGCCAUUUGCCCCUAUGGUGGUUACUGGUUCAUUGGAUCAUGAUGGGCUUGGCCCUGUUUCAUGGUGGUAUGAGACACAAGAAGUUGAGGACGAAUAAACAUCAGUUUAAAGCGCUGAAGGCGUCACCAGAUGAUGAGUUCAUUACACGCUCCAAAAUUUUGCUAGAAGUGAAGUGGUAGCUGCUUUAUGUCAAAAGAUUUCAUUACUUUGAAAAGGUCUCGCCAAGUACUUCUUGCUUAGUUGUAUCUCAACAUUGGUGAUAUACCUUCGUCAUUGUCUUUGCCUAUAGAAGUAUUCCCUUUUUUA